UCCCGGACAAGUGUCACUUGGCUCCUGGCGGGGCCCGGCAGCCCGUUCUCUCGGCGCCCCCGCGGCGGGCGGGCAAGGACAGGGGAAAUGUUGCAGGAGGAGUCGGACCUGUCUCUCAUGAUAGCGCAGAUCGUUCAGAAGCUCAAGGGCUCCAAUUUGUACGCUCAGCUGGAACGGCAGGCCUGGGCCUGUCUUCAGAGACCUGAGAUUAAACUUGAAUCACUAAAAGAAGAUAUUAAGGAAUUCUUUAAAAUAUCAGGUUGGGAGAAGAAACUUCAAAAUGCGGUUUAUAGUGAACUGAGUGUGUUUCCUUUACCUAGCCAUCCUGCUGCCCCUCCCGAGCAUCUUAAAGAGCCUUUGGUGUACAUGAGGAAAGCACAGGGAAGUUGGGAAAAAAGAAUUCUGAAGAGUUUAAAUAGCAUGUGUACUGAACUGAGUAUCCCAUUGGCACGAAAGAGGCCUGUCGCAGAACAGAAAGAGCUUCUCAAUAAGUGGAAUGAAAUGGGAACCGAUGAACCAGAUUUGAGCCUUUUCAGACCUGUUUAUGCACCUAAGGAUUUCCUUGAGGUAUUAAUUAACCUUCGCAACCCAAAUUAUGAAAAUGGUGAUCCUCUUAGUUUCAGGACUCAUUUGGGUUUAAUCCAAGUUCCUCUGAAAGUUAAAGACAUCCCUGAAUUGAAAGAAUGCUUUGUUGAACUUGGCUUAAAUACAGGACAACUUGGUAUAGAUGAUUCCACACAAGUGCCUCCUGAACUUUUUGAAAAUGAGCAUGUGCGAAUUGGUCAAAAAGUCCUGGCAGAACAGGACAGUGCUGCUGCUCAGCAGUAUAUCAGACAAGGAAGUCCCACGGCACUGCGAGCUGAGCUGUGGGCUCUCAUUCUGAAUAUCUCCAGUCAGCCUGAGGAUAUCUUAUAUUAUGAGCAGCUAAAGACCAAUGUGAUACAGUAUGAUCUUUUGGUGGACCGUUUAACUUAUAAAGAUGUGAAGUUGACAGCAAGCAACGAUGAUUAUUAUUUCGUGUUUGAAGAUUAUUUGUAUCAGGUUUUACUUUGUUUUUCCCGCGAUACAUCUGUGUUGGGUCACUUUGCAUACAACUGUGCUUCACCACCGAAGUCAUACAUAAGAGGAAAAAUAGGACUAGAAGAAUAUGCUGUCUUUUAUCCACCAAAUGGUGUCAUCCCUUUUCAUGGAUUUUCAAUGUAUGUCGCACCACUUUGUUUUCUGUACCACGAGCCUUACAAAUUGUAUCAGAUUUUCCGGGAGAUGUAUGUGCGCUUUUUCUUCAGGCUCCAUUCCAUCUCUUCUCAUCCUUCUGGUAUUGUGUCGCUCUGUUUGCUGUUUGAAAGUCUUCUUCAAACUUACCUCCCUCAGCUCUUCUAUCACUUACGAGAAAUCGGGGCUCAACCACUUCGCAUAUCAUUUAAAUGGAUGGCUCGUGCCUUCUCUGGAUAUUUAGCUACAGAUCAACUUUUGCUUUUGUGGGACAGAAUCUUAGGAUAUAACUCUUUGGAAAUUCUUGCUGUCCUGGCAGCUGCUGUGUUUGCUUUCCGAGCAGUGAACCUGAUGGAGGUGACAUCACUGGCUGCAGCUGAAGCAGUUCUUGCUGACAUUUCUACUUUAAAAGUUAUGCCUCUUCUUCAGAUUUUUUUGUUUGCGACCAUCACCUGAUCUUCUUCAAGGUCACUGACAACUGACUAGCUUUUUCAUUAGAAGAUAAUCAUGAACUAUGCAAAGUCUGCAUAAAACCAAAAUUAAAUUUUGCAAAAGCCAAUAAAGAUCAUGUUCUCUCCUCACUUA